AUGUUUUCGAGUUACAAGGCCCCCACAAAGGCGCAGGGUGACGAAUACGACGACGAGCAGCGCCUUGUCGCUGCGGUAUCAGAGUUCAAAAAGGUGGAGGCGUCAAGCCAAACGAUGGUGGAUCAGCUGCACCAACGACUCGAAUCUCCGUUCAAAGUAACAACGAAACCGUGUGAAGCGAGCCGCGCAGCAGUGCUGCAGUGUUAUCAACAGCUACAGAGCUCCUCGGCUGUCACGACUAGCAAUGCGGCAUCGUCGACGUCGCCCGCGCCACCGCCGAGUACAUGCAGCGACAGCAAGAGCACCGGCACAGCCCCCGAUGAAGCGUGGUUCUCAAUUCCUUACCAACGGUGCUACGAAGCUGCGCUGGCGUAUCGUCAGUGCGUGGAGGACACGUUAGCAAAGCACUUAGCCCUCGUCGCUGCCUUUGAGCAGCGUGGUUGCCAGCAGAAGGUAGUGCAUCAAGCAGCCGCGAAGGCUCAGGAGCAGCCACAGUGA